UAUCCAAUAAGAAUCGGAAAUGUGGGUUCAAACGCUAGCCCAACAGUUGUGAGAAAGUGCAAGGAACACAUUAUGUUGUACUCGUUUACCCUCUCGAACGCUGCCCUUCAAGUUUCGUGGAGGAGAGAAAUUGAUAUACUUUAAGAAAUUGUUACUCAAAUCGUGGACAUUCGGAACCACACUUAUACUCAUCCCCUUUAAUUCUGGAUGUGUUUUUUUAAGCAAGCAAGCUCGUUUCGUAUUGGCUAGGUUGAUUCCUAGCAAGCUAACUUACAGUAGAACUCAAGCUAGAUUGAUAGCUAGCUGCGUUACCUGUGGGGGUCGUGUUUUAUCGACCACAAAGGAACAUCUAACGUUCGUUUGGCAAACUAACAAGCUAAUACUAAGUUUCCGGGCCCAGGAGUAUAAGAAAACGGCACAGAAAUAGCAAGCUACAUAGGUGGACAUUGGCUAAAAUGGCGGAGCCAGACAAAUUAAACAUUGACUCCAUAAUACAGCGACUGCUUGAAGUGAAAGGUUCCCGGCCAGGCAAGAACGUGCAACUGACAGAGAAUGAAAUCCGCGGCCUUUGCUUGAAAUCCCGGGAGAUAUUCCUCAGCCAGCCAAUCCUGCUAGAACUUGAGGCCCCUCUCAAGAUCUGUGGUGACGUCCAUGGUCAGUACUACGACCUCUUGCGACUGUUUGAGUAUGGCGGUUUCCCUCCUGAGAGCAACUAUCUUUUCCUUGGGGAUUAUGUGGACAGAGGCAAACAGUCCCUGGAGACUAUAUGCCUUCUGCUGGCUUACAAAGUCAAGUACCCUGAGAACUUCUUCCUCCUGAGGGGCAACCACGAGUGCGCCUCCAUCAACCGCAUCUACGGUUUCUACGACGAGUGCAAGAGGCGGUAUAACAUUAAGCUGUGGAAGACCUUCACAGACUGCUUUAACUGCCUGCCAGUGGCUGCCAUCGUCGAUGAGAAAAUCUUCUGUUGUCAUGGAGGCCUGUCCCCUGACCUGCAGUCGAUGGAGCAGGUCCGCAGAGUAAUGCGACCCACAGACGUGCCGGACCAGGGCCUGCUGUGCGACUUGCUUUGGGCUGACCCUGACAAGGAUGUGCUGGGCUGGGGUGAAAACGACCGCGGCGUUUCCUUCACCUUUGGAGCUGAUGUGGUGGCCAAAUUCUUGCACAAACACGAUAUGGACCUCAUUUGCAGGGCACAUCAGGUGGUAGAAGACGGGUAUGAAUUCUUUGCAAAGAGACAGCUGGUAACACUGUUCUCAGCCCCUAACUACUGCGGUGAGUUUGACAAUGCUGGAGCCAUGAUGAGUGUAGACGAGACCCUCAUGUGCUCCUUCCAGAUUCUCAAGCCUGCUGACAAGAAGUUGUACUCCUACGGGGCGGGGGGGGGCAUGGGAUCCGGGCGUCCAGUCACUCCUCCUCGAAAUUCUGCCAAGGGUGGAAAAGCAAAGAAAUAACACCUGCUGUACACCUUUUUCAUUUUCUACCUCCCUCCUCCUCUCUCUAUCUCCAAAUAGCAACAAAUCAAAACAGUACCCAGGGUUUAGUCUUGUUUUUUUGUUUUUUUGUUUCUUCUUUAUAAAUUCUAGAUGCGCUGUAUAACAGUUUUGGAAUGUCUGUGUGAGAGAAAGAAGAUGUGUACUAUUUUCCCCCCUUCACUUGUCUCUUCUCCCCAGUCUCCACGGUGAGGAAGUACAGUUUCUCACUGUUUUCAGGGUGGGUGCUGAGUCGGCUAAUACUGCGGUGAGCCAGUCUAAAUGAACAGGGAAUGGCAGGAAGGAGCAUGUUUUUUAUUGUUUAUAGGAGAUCCUGAACUGUUCAUUUUCCAUGUCUUUGGGAGAGUUUGAGUAGGGGGUUAAAUGGUUUGGGGAAAAAAGCCACACGCUGACACAUUCAUUCUGUUUUAUUGCCAAACAGUUGGUACAAACUCUGCUGAAAGAGUGACUGAACUGCUUGUUUUAUGUAUCGAGAUGUGCAUAGAAUUACAUUGGCAAAUUCGUACAAAAAGUCAGAGAUUGAAAUACGGAGUUUAGGUUUGAUGGUAAAUAAUUGUCUGGUUAUUUGAGGUAUUUUAUGUUUUAGCCUUCCAUUAGAAGUAAGAAAUCAAUAAAGAGUAAGAUUUAUUAAAAUUAACCUGCUUAGUGUUUGUUUUUCCUGUAAAAUUAAUACAAUACUGUAUUUUUCUGCUUCAUUUUUGUUCCAGGUCUUGCUCCUGUGCUUUCUUUUAGAAUUUGAAAAUACAUAAUUGAUUAUUGGAAUGGUUCUGGGCCUGAUUAUGGGAGUAGGAACAGUUGAAUACCUGCUACACUGCCAGAUUUGGUCUGUGGUCUAGAUGCAGUCAGUAUUAGUUCUUAAUUUAGAGAAAUGCAAGUGACUUUUUAAAAUUCAAGCACAACAUUUAGUACUUUUAGUGAUCACUGUACACACUCUUAAAAAAGAGUGCUUGCAUUUAAUUGAUUAAGGACAUGCAUUGAUUGAAUCCAGGCUUCUGUCAGUGUCCUUUGUCACCAAUUACAACUUAUUUUUGUUGUAAUUUUUUCCUUCAUGUUUUCUCUGUAUCAAAGGUCAUUUAAAUCUCUGCUUCUGAUUUUGUCUCAAAAACUCCAACAGUGUGUACACCCAUCACAUCCUGAUGAUUGAUUGUUCCCCAAAGCCCAUUGUUUUGCUUUUAGUUUAGUUUUAGUUUCACACCUUCCCCUUGUCUGUGCUUUCAGACUUUCACCAAAUGAAACAACUGUCAAUUGCUUUCUGCCCGGCGUACCUUUAACAAGUACGUUUGAUAUCUAGUCCUUUGUUUUGUCUGUGAAACAGAUUCUCCUUGCUUUUUCACCAGGUUUCAAGUGUUAGCAGCUGGUUAGUCUCAUUAGCUACUUUUAUAGUGAGGCAAGAACUCUAAAAAGGCAAUCUUUUUAGACAGCAGUUGGAAUUGUUUACAGUAGAUUGUGUACCGUUUUGAGGUUGAGUUCAUUGACUUUUCCAUUCAAGAGUGUGUCAGCCUGGUGACUGGUUCCUGGAUAAUGCAAAUGGGAUUUGUGGCUCCCCCUGGUGAUCAUUAAUAUAUUCACUGAUCCAGACCCUCAUUUCCUGAGUUGUGUGUCAUAUCUUUUAGGUCAAGGGUCUGCAACAUUGAUGCUGUGGGACCACUGUGUAUAUGCUGUUUUGGUUCCAACCACAAUUGAAUUUUAACAAUCUGCUCAGUUUUUAAUUUGGUGCUUUUCAUGUAUAGUGGGAUUAUUUGCCCUCUUACGCCACAUUGUCAGAAAUAGUUAUGCAUGAAGAAAACUGUUCACAUUACGCUUAUUGUGCUACUGUAUAUUGCAAACAACAAGGCUUCAUUGUGUCAGGUUUAAGGGGGAAAAAAAUUUAGAACUUACUGCUUAUAGCUUAUUUUUUCCCCUCAGAAUUUCCUCAGAAUUUGAUCAGUUUACAUUUGUUACCUCUUUAUGCAAUACUUGCAAUAUUGCUUAAUAAGCACAGUGUGAACAUGGAACUUUUUUCCUUCAUGACAAGCAUAGCUAUGUCUGACAAUGUGGUUUAAGAGGGUAAAUAAUCCAUCUGAACAUGAAAGCACCCAAUUAAGAAAAAGAAAUCUGUUAAAUUUGGGAUUGCAAUUGUGGUUGGAACAAAAACUAGCAUAUACAGUGCAGUCCAUAAGUAUUUGGACAGUGGUUCUAUUUAUUUUCUUUUGACUUUGAAAUGAAUGACUUCGGAUUUGAAAUGAAACAUCCCUUUUUAUACAUAGUCCCACCGUUUUAGGGGACCAAAAGUAAUUGGAUAGUAAUUGUCAGGUAUAAGAAAUCUUUCAGUAUCUUGUCUUGAUUCUAGGCUUGUGAUUGUCUGGAAAACAAUGAGGACAGUUGUGGAAGAAGUAAUCAUAAGGCUGAGAAACGGGAAGAGACGUAGGUUAAAUAAUAGACGUAGGCCAAAUCAAUUGUUUGGAACAUCAUUAAGAAAAAAAAGACUGCGCUGGUGAGCUCAAUAAUUGCAAUUGGGCUGGUAGGUCAAGAAAAAAAUUCUCGUCAUAAUGAAUAAAAAAAAAAGAAAAAACCCGUCUGGCUGAUCGGAAACACUCUUCAGGAGGCAGGUGUGGAUGUGUCAGUGGCUACUCUCUGCAGUAGACCUCUCAAACCAAUCUACAGAGGCUGCACUGCAAGAUGCAAACUACUCUUUAGUUGAAUAAAAGGAUGGCCUUGUUACAGGUUAACAAGUAGUAGCAAAAAUACUUGUGGGCAGGUGACCACAUGGUUGAAUUGACGUAUCAGAGUAAUGGCAAGAGCAGAGUAUGGAGGCUAAAAGGAACUGCCCAAGAACCAAAUCCCCAUCUGUGAAAUGUUUUGGGGAUGUUAUAGGUUACGGGUGCUGGCUCACUUGCCUUCAUCAACAUUGUAACUGUUGAUGGCAGCAGCAGAAUGAAUUCUGAAGUGUACAGAAGCAUCUUCUCUGCUUCCAAACUCAUUGGAUAGUGCUUCAUCCCACAGCAAGGCAAUGGUAUACUAACAUAUACCAAUGUUAUUUCUAAUGAUGUUCCAUACUUUCUUUUAGUAAGCCUAUGGUUUGGCCUAUGUCCCAAACUUUUUUCUUUUUUCUUAUUUCUCAGGCUCAUAAUGGCUACCUUGACUUUCAUUGGUGCAACUCUGAUCCUCAUGUUGACAAAAAGGCAAUCAAACGCCUAGAAUCAGAACUACUUAUUUAUGCCCUAAGGAAGUGAUUGAAUACGCCUGUCGAAUCAGAAAUAGCUGAGAAGCAAACUGUCCAAUUACUAAAUGGCUGUCUGUAUAAAAAUGGAUGUAAUUAAUUCACAGAACCUCAUAGGAAUGAAAGGUGACAAUCCAACCUCAUGAAUUGUUUAUUACUAAAGUGCUUGAGUACUGAGCCAAAAGAACAAAGUGUAGCACUGUCCAAACACUUACGGGCUGCAUUGUAUAGUGGUCCCCCAGGACCAACAUUACAGACCCCUCUCUGAGGCGGUCAGGAGACAACUGCUUAUGUGUAACAUACCAGCCGAAUAUAUGCUAGCAGCUACUUAAUUGUAAACAUGAGGACCAUUGUUAAGUACUUUGACUGAAUUCAGUCAAACCAGGGUAAAUACCCUUCAUACAUGUGAAGGUAGAACAUGGAUGGAUAUAUAGUGGUGCUUUAAUGCCAUCAAGGGCCCUUUUUAUAGAAGUUCAUAAGAUCUAAAGCCUGAUGUAUUGGAUGCAAUGGAAGUAACCAUUUCUCUUUUAGCCCCGGAUAGGAAUUGUAUAUUGUGUAUAAUGUAAUCAUGCAUUAUUGCAAUUGUCUUUGAAGGGUGCUGCUUCCCAAAGGACAUGUGUUGAGCAGAACUGGUACUGUACAGUUCUUGUGAAACAAUGUUACUAGAUUAAAGAGAGGGAGAAAUUGGUAUUUCAAUAAUUCAUCCCUUUCUGGAUUUCUAUAAAAUGAAGGCUUUUAUAGUACUGUUAAACUGUACUGUACAUGGACAAUCACUGUAUUUUCAAAGCAAGUAUGUUUUAGAAGCCAGUCUUAUAAAUUCAAGGUUUAAGGGACCUUUUUUGGUAGUUUUAUGAAUAUGGAAGUUUUUGGGAUCUUAUUUAGCUGAUCUUAUUUCACAGGAACACUUCUGAAAUUCUCCUUUUGUUGGUGUCAUUCUUGCAGGAUUACUGAACAAAAUGUAAACAUCCAAUGAGAUUACUAUACAUGAUGGCUUGUGUUCCAAUUAGCAUUUUGAUGGAUUUAGUUAUUUUAUUAGACUUCUGCUGAGGGUUUUUUUUUUAUUAUUGGACAGGGAGAAAUGUAAUGGGACGGGUAAUAGAUAAUGUGAGUUUAAGGCGGUGAGGGUCUUCAAAAUAUCAGGGACCUUUUCCACCAUGCACUGUUGCUGGGUAUAAUAAUCAAGGUAAAAAUGAUAAAUAAAUAAAAAAGAAAAAAAGAAACUGCAUUUUAAUGAUUUAAAAAAAAAAAAAUGUGUUUUGCUUUCCAAGAAAUUGCAGAUCUUUUCUGUUAUCAGGAAGGAAAUAAAAAAAAUACUUUGUA